CAUCAGCAUCUUGAUUUCAGGAGAGGCACUCGACGAGUGCAGUGGUCGUGUAAAGUGUCUCGUAAUAACGCGAGUUGCUGAAAAAAAAAUUCAGCGCGUUUCAGUUUUACGAACGUUUUCAUUCGCUAUGUAAGAAAAAAACAAAACGCGCGAAUGGCAACGAGUGCUGUUUUGUGACCUGAAAAAUUCUCCUCUUCCAUUUGCUCGUCUUGUAUGUAGUUUGGAAAAUGCUGGGCGUCUUAAAGCGACGUUGGAAACCCAAAAGGUCUGCCAACGUCUCUCGAAUUCCCGGCGCCGAUACAAACACACUUGAAUUGGACAAGGACAAGCCAAGUCGUCCUUCAGUCCGUCAAGUUCAUCCGGUUUGCGAGGACAAAGCCCAUUUUUUGGCUUACGACAAGUCCAUCAUGGAGUUGGCCUCCAAUGAUGGGAGUCCUCCACCAUAUCCGAAACGAGCUAGUCUGGAUUCGAACCCCAGCCCAACGCAGUGCUACCCUCUAGCGCCCAAUAUUUGUGUGGAAGCGGGGAGAAUUCAGUUUAUCAAACAGGAAGUAGAGGACGCUGUGGACGGCCUGCCGACGCCGCCUGCGACGCCCAGGGGGCGGGUGACGGUCACGCGGGGGCUGCAGACCGACGACGAGGAAUUGCACGAUUCGAAGAAAUCGCUCGAGGAGCGAAUCCACGAACUCGAAAUGGCAUUGGAAGCAGUGCAGAAGAACGAAUUACGCGACAAACAAACAAUCGCCAAGCUACAAAAGCAGUUAUCGAGGAGGGAAUCAGCUCAGAGGGAUGCUGACCGCGAGCGCCGCCUCCGCGCCGACAGCGAAUCAAGGGCGAAGCAGGCCCUCCAGGAGGCCGCUCGAUGCAAAUCACGACUUAAACUGCUCACGAGCGAGUUCACUAGAAUGGAGGAGACGGUGCGUUCGAUGCUGGUGUACAAGAAGCAGGCCGAGCAGUUGCGACAAGAGAAAAAUGCGCUAACUUUGGCGUUCGAGAAUCGUUGUCAGCAGUACCAAAAUACCGUAACGCGUUUAAAUAACGAAAUAGCAACUUUGCGUUCGCAAUUGGCUCAAGUUGGAAGUGAGAGCAGUUCGGAAGAGAUUCUUCAAGCACAUGCUGCCGCCUUGCAUAGGCAUGCCGAAGAGUCAAGGAAGCAGUACGAGAGGUGUUUGGAUGAUGUUGCGAAUCAGGUGGUCAAAGCUCUACUAGCACAAAAGGGCUUACGCGAGGAAGUCGUCCACCUGAACUCGCGCAUCCACGAGCUCGAGGCCCAGAACCGCGCCUUGACCUCCAUGCUGGUGCACCAGCUCCGUGGCGACACCCCGUCCCCCGACCCGGAGGAGAACCUCCCCACCGUGAUCAAACACUUUAACUCCUUCAACUCGGACGACACUCCCGACAACCACGAAACGGCGCUCUCAAAAUUCGAGCGUCGUCUCUCCACAAAUUCGGAAAUACUCGACACGAAGCUCUCCUUCGAAGACAAGAAGCGGCACCAGGUGUUGACGAAACUCUGGACUGAGCUUAAGGGCAGCGAAGUGACGCCGAAAAAGCUACUCGAGGCUUUGGGGAGUGUGGAUUCGAGUCUGUGGGUGCAGCCUCAGAGGCCGGUGUCGUUGAAUCUCCACUUGCCCAUUGUGCAAGCGACCAAGUACCGCAGGAGUCGGCCCAUUCUGCAGAGCAGUUCCAAGAGUGAGGAAGAGACGGGGAAUGAGUCGCCAGAGAGUGGGAAUAGGGAUGAGGGUUAUUCGACCAUGUCUUCGGAUGUUCAGGCCGACUUGACACGGAGUGAAGCGGUGCCGAAUAGGGGCCUGGAGGACUUGAAGGAAGCCACGGAUGAGACUGAUAUUACUACCGAAACGCGCCUUCUUGUGACUGACAAUAAGGAUCCUGAUAUACUCUACAUUCCGUUCAAUUUGUUGAAUCUCAAGCCGAGAAACAGUUAUCCUCCCGGCAAAGACAUGCUGCCCUUUCAACACAUCAUGCGAAGCUUUUCCGAUUCGCACCUCUGUAUCAAAAUAACAACAGCGCCAAGUCCUUGCUACAGUUUCAGCUCGCCUAUUUCGAGCAGUCCUUCGAUUUUUCUCCUCGACAUCACCGACAAAAAUCCAUUGCGACGAGCCAAAGCCACUAGUACUUUAUGGGGUAAUACCAACUUAGAAAUCUGUGAUGAGUCCUGGCCGAGUCCAGCCGAAGUCGAGUGUCCCACAUGGGACGCUGAAUACAUCCAGCAGUGGUUACGUCUCGACGAGACCAGAACCACCCUCCAACAGCAACGCGAUUUACUCGAACUCGAAUACGACCGAGCUGAACUGGAGGAUUGGAGUUUGAGUUUGUCAAACGACGAUCUAAGGGAGCAAUGCAAGAGGCUAGAAGCCCUAACUCCCGGUCAAAUAUCAAUCUCAACCCUUCCAAGCAUUCAAGAGAACAACGCCCUUGAACUGGAGGAGGAUUCAAACGAAUGUCUUUGGAACAACUCGAGUUACCUGAUGGACAAAGAGGGCCGUGAGCUGGUCACGCUCCUCAUUGGCGAAAACGAGCGGGCGUGGCCAUACGCCCCCCAGCAAGUCUCGCCCGAUUGGUCGAGCAGCUCGGAGGCGGAGACCUUCUCGAAGCGAUCAUCGGCGGCGCUAAGCGACGACACCGGGGAACUACCCGGCACCGACUUCACACGUGACUUCUACCGAUUGGUCAAAUUCGAAAGCACGAAAAGUCUCGCCUCGACCUCGUCCCGAAGCUUGGCCGAAAACGGUGACACAUUUCACAACGUUUUAAACCUAAUCGCCGAAAAACAAAACGACGCCACGAAAGAUUUCAAUAUCGAAGGCCCCGGUGACGAGAAUUACGUCACACUGAAGCAAUUGUGCGAAGAAUACGCGAAGAAAGACGAAGAAACGAAGCACAAUCUCGCCUAUGCGGACGAGGUGUGUUUGGUCACCCCUAUCGAUGUGGAAAUCAGCGAGAAUUGCUCGAAUUUGAGUGAAUUACCGGUCGAUAUUUGCUCCAGUGUCAAUGUGGAGUUGAGCUCGACCACAAUGAGCAAUAGUGACGUUUCGACAAGCACACCCGAGACGAUUAUUUCGAAAAUUCCGCGCCGUAAACGCGACACGAAGCUGGCGCCAUCUGCGUCGUCGCCGAAGAAGGCCGACGAUUUGAAACCAAAGAGUAAAAUUCCGAAAGUGAAACAAAAAAUUGUAGAGGUUGUUCAGACUGCACAACAUCACGUGAUUACGUCGGAGCGACUUCCGCAGUGUACUUCCGGUGUGAUAAGUAAUAUUAUUGAAGGGCCGCCGCAUCGGGCUGUGAGUUUUCAUGAGAGGGCGACUUCGAAGGAUGUAAUCGACGAGUUGAAUCGAAUGAUUAAGAAUGGGGAGGAGCCAAACGGUGAUAAGGAGGAGGGGCUAGGGGCGGCGAAAAAGUUGGAUGAGGGGUGCAGGACAACGGGGUGGGUGCAUGUCGAGAAGGAUAUUGACUUGACGGAUCCAAAGGCUAGAGCGAACCUCCUUGACGUGAUGAUGGCCUCCGUGUCGAGCGACUCUUCCCCCACGUCGUCAUGCGGGGGCAGUGUAGCGAGUGACUCAACCGAGGACCCUCCAGACUAUGGUCACUUGCACCGAAUCCAUCGCUUCCACCGCCAGAAAAAAGCGAACGCCGCCCGCCCCGAGCUGGCCGUCGUGCGAGCGUCGCCGGCGUCGCGCCCGACCAUCAUCGGGCGGCCCGACUUUUUCGUCCGCUACGGGGAGAAGGAGAUGGAAGCGGUCGCGAGCUUCGAUUUCCUGGAUGAGCUGGACGAAGAGGAGCGGAUUCCUUCACUCAAAGUCAGCCACGUUUAAUUUAUUUUUUGUAACGUCGUAUUUAUUGUCUAUAUGUAAAUUAUUUUAAUAGACUUGUACUUUCACUCUGAUUUUACUAUCGACGAGUAGCGAGCUUAGAUAAGACUGUACAUAGGUUAUAAUCGUAUUUUUUUUUAUUGAGACACUUUGGGUUCAUUCAAACGAAACGAAUUAUGUGUAGUACACUCAAAUGUACUUUUGUGAUAUAAUGAAAUUAAUAAUGGACGUUAUAUUUAACCGAUUUUAUGAUGAAUGCGAGGGCCUAGAAAUUUGUGAUCAUUUCAUUCGGAUUUUUCAAUAGCUGUGCAAUAAAUUUUCACACUUGUGGCGAAAUGAUCUCUUGGCUAAAUCAAAGCAAUCUUCAUGGUAGAUACAGAUGUUGCGGUUAUGUAUAAACUGUGUGUAGAGUGUAUUUUUAUAUAGGGUACUUAUUUAUAUUUAGUACAAAUUUAGACAUAAAUACAUUAUUAUGAUUCAA